GCUUUUCUCUCCUCUACGAAGCCUCUCACCUCAGCCCAACUUCAGGGGGGCAAGAUGUGGAAAUGAUACCGACCUCCGGCUUCCCUUAUGUCAUCCCCGCCUGCUCUAGGAAUGUGCGAUCCGGCCCCGGAACGCUAAAUAUCACGCCCGCGUUCCAGCCGUGAGGGAGUCGAGGUGGCAACUUCCGUUUCCGGUUGGCUCCGCCUGGAAGGUUGAAUAACAUGGCUCCUGGACAUGGACAUGGACAUAGUAAACUGGAACUUCCAGAUUAUAAACAGUGGAAAAUAGAAGGGACACCAUUAGAAACUGUUCAGGAGAGGCUGGCUGCGCGAGGGCUGAGGGAUCCAUGGGGCCGCAAUGAAGCUUGGAGAUACAUGGGUGGCUUCGCAAACAAUCUUUCCUUUACAGGUAUACUGUUAAAAGGAUUCAAGUGGGGCUUUGCUGCAUUUGUGGUAGCGCUGGGAGCUGAGUAUAUGCUGCAGUCCCAGAAUAAUGAUAAGAAGCACCACUGAGCAACAGUGCUGAAGUUAUCUUGUGAUUUCCUAAGCCUCAUAAAAAUAUUUCUUCACUGUGGCCUGUUUGUCUGGUCUGUAUGUUUGCCCCUGAAAGAAUAAUGGCAUAGUUCAAUAAAGUAAGAAAAUCAUUA